AUACACGGACGUAACACAGGUAUACACAAAUGCCGCAGUCAGUUCUGUGUGUAUGUCAUGUCGGAAUACGACAGUGUCGACUCGACAUAUGACGAUGUCGGACGGUGGUGGUGUAACUCUCAUCUCAAAUUAUAUCCAUUUAUGACUUUUUAUUCCGUUAGUCGAUUUUUUAGAAAGGAACUAGUUUACUGCAAUGGUAGAAGAUAGAAACUGUAUUGGCUGCCGAGUUGACUGUGAAGGUCACAUAGGUACUGUGAAAUAUGUUGGAACAGUGGGUAACACAAAGGGACAAUGGUUAGGCAUUGACUGGGAUGAUCCCAGCAGAGGAAAGCACAAUGGUACAUAUGAAGGAUUAAAAUACUUUGAGACUUGGCAUCCUACCUCAGGCUCCUUUAUUCGUCCUGGCAAAGCCAAUUUUGGAAUAUCGUGCCCUGAAGCCAUUAAAGUUCGAUAUGGCUAUAUAGACGACGAACUAGCUGGCAUUGAUAGGGACUCUAUAGCCAGUGUUCAAAAAUCUAUCAAUGCGCCAUUUGUAGAAAUGGUUGGAUUUUCUAAGGUUAACAAAAAACAGAGUAAAUUUGACCAACUAAAAAUAGUGUGUAUGCAAGCCCAGUGUAUAAGUAGUGCAGGCUAUCCAGGUGAAUUGGCUGCCCUAUGCUCAAUGAUUGAAGAGCUAGAUUUAUCGCAUAAUUUGAUAAAUUCUUGGAAGGUAGUGGCUGAGAUUUGUACAGAAUUGCAGAUUUUACAGCAAUUAAAUGUCAGCGACAACCACUUACCGGUUGAAAAUGGAAUGGAAAUAUAUGCACAUGCCUUUCCAGUAUUAAGGCAUUUAACUAUGGGACGAAUGAAGUAUGAUUGGCCGGCAGUAAUGCAAUGUCUCAAAGCAUUUCCAUCUAUUCAGGAACUUAUAGUAUCUUAUAACAACAUUGAAACUAUAAGUGGAGUAGAAGAAAGUUUGAAUAUUAUGAAAUUGACUGAAUUAUCCUUGGAACAUAAUCUUAUCUCUAAUUGGAAUGAAGUUUUGAAAUUGGGCAUACUGCCAUGUUUAAAGGGUCUUAAUUUAAACUCAAACAAAAUUGAAGAUAUUAGAUUUCCUACCACUGAACCCACUGAUAAAUCUCAUCUGUUUCCUAAUUUAACUCAGUUACACAUAUCUAAUAACAAUAUACGAGACUGGCGAUCUAUAAGUGAGUUGGAAAAACUUCACAGACUACAAGAUUUGAAAUUUCGUGAAAAUCCAGUUUUAAAAGAGCAAAACGUACAGACAGGAAUACAAUUAGUGAUAGCCAGAAUAUCAGCCUUGCAAUAUUUUAAUGGAACAGAAAUCAUACCAUCGGAAAGGCGAGGAGCGGAAUAUGACUAUUUGAAAUUAUUUGCCUCAGGAUGGAGAAGUUCUGAGCAGGACAUUUUAAAGAGGAAAGAAUUCAUCACAAAUCAUCCACGAUUCCCUGCAUUAGUAGAGAAAUACGGAGUGCCGGACACUUCAGAAUCAACAAAAAGUACCCAACUAUCGUCAAAUGUUAUAACUGUAGAGUUUGUGUGUCCAGAUAAUCCGAAUAUUAAAAGCAUAAAAAAGAAAUUACUGAAAAACAUGGAUGUACAAAAGCUAAUGGGUAUUGUUCAAAGACUGUUUAGAAUUAACGGUAAAAUUCCGACGCUCUCUUUCGUCCGGCCUAAUGUUUCCGAAGACGAAAUACCGCUGGACAAGCCACUACAAGAACUAAGCUAUUACCUCAUCGAUGAAGGUGAUCUAAUCCUCGUGCGCUGGUGAUAUUAAAUUAAUAUAGUAUUUAUAGAUAUAACUGUAUUUUUUACACUGUUAAUGUUAAUAAUUCGCUGCCGUACUUUGUUAUUAAACUUUUUUCAACGCAA